CCCAACUUUUCGUCUUUUCUAUCCUCUUUCAAUCUCAAGCUCUCUCGGUCUCUCUCGCUGAGCUCUUCGUCUUGUCUUCCAUGGCAUCGACGAGCGCUCUAUGCCCCUCGUUUCCCUCUGCUCGCAUAUGUCACAGGCUAAACACAAAAAUUCAUGUGGGCACUCCGUUAUUAGCAUGGCAAAAUAGCAAGAAGUCUUCCAUUAGGAGGUCAUUUCAGAUAUAUGGUUUGUUUGGUGGAAAGAAGGAGAAGAAUGAGAAUAGUGAUGACACAUCAUCAAAGGCAGGUUUCUUGGGAAACAUGCAAAACUUAUAUGAGACUGUUAAGAAGGCUCAAAUGGUUGUCCAAGUAGAAGCUGUUCGCGUACAGAAAGAGCUAGCGGCUGCUGAGUUUGAUGGUUAUUGUGAAGGUGAACUGAUUAAGGUAACUCUUUCUGGGAAUCAACAACCUAUACGCACUGAAAUCACUGAGGCUGCUAUGGAGUUAGGACCUGAAAAACUUUCCUUGUUGGUAACUGAAGCAUACAAAGAUGCACACCAGAAGAGUGUUCAAGCGAUGAAAGAACGAAUGAGCAAUCUCGCACAGAGCCUCGGAAUGCCACCAAACCUCGGCGAAGGACUCAAGUAAUCAUCAAAGGAUCAAAACUUUCGAAUUCUUCGAUCAAGGAAUGAAUGCACUUCAAAAUUUUGUAUGCUAAAUUAUUCUACAUGCAUCUCCUGAUGACCUCCUUUUGAGAAUUGUUUGUUUAGUUAGCAAUGUCUGAAAACCCUAAAAACUUUGUUGGUUUUUUUACAUUAUUGUAACAUUCUCAUCAUGUACUACAGAGCUUUUUUUCUCUUUUUUUUUUUGAAUAA